AGCCAUUUUAGCUGAACCUCGAGCUUCAUACCAGCUUGCCGCUGUUUAGCCACUGUUCUUGUUAUGACUGAUAUGUCCAUGCCCACUGUAAACCCCGCGGCGACGGCUGAGGCUAGCGUCCCGCCUUGGUCGUUGCCAAUUGCUCCCACCGAGCAGUGUUGCUGCUGCCUGCCGAUGAUCGGCGGGGCGAGGAUUUGGGGAGUUCUUUGCGCGGUGAGUGCCAUCCUCUACAUCGGCCUGGUCCUGUUGGCCCUACAACAACAUGGGACGCUUUUCCUUGUCGGCUACUUGGCGGUGAUCGUGGUCCUUCAGCUGGUGAAGGCCCUCGGUCUCUUGCAAGCCUCGCGCGGAAGCCCGCGCUGGGCCCGCCUCGCAGCCUUCGCCUGCGUGACCGGCUUGGGGCUCCAGUUCCUAGGCGCACUCGUGGGCGCUACGGGCAUGGUGACAUUUCUCAUCGGCGCGGCCGUAGACUGCUACUUCAUUUAUGUCAUCCUGUCCCUGGAGCAGUUCGUUUUCAAGAACCAGGCCCAAGCGCGGACGCUCAAUGUUUGAGGGAAGUGGACCGCUGCUUGAGGGAUUUCCUAUAGGAUGUUGAAACCAGGGACAAAGAUCCUGCGCCUCAAUAGUCUCCAAAACACCGCCGCGAGAUG